AUGCCCGAUUCUGGUGAUGUGAGCUCGGACGAGCAUCAGCUCCAGCGUUCCUCCUCCUUGGUCUCGUUGCCGGAAGGGCAGAAACGAAAACGCUCAAAAGCCGAGUCUAGGAAGGCUUAUCGGGGCCGGAUGUCCCUAGGCGCAAGUGCUAAUCGGAAUUUGUCGAUUGCCUUGAAAGCUGAGCAGCGCCGUAAAUCUCGACAAAACUACGAUGAUGAGGAUGACCGUGAUUACAGCUACUUGCCCCCAACAUCUAGCAGCCACACCAUCAAUCGACAAAGCUCCGAGCAGGAAGGGCGGCUGAGCUCCCGAAACAGCGGACGCCUAUUCAAUUGUAUCCCACUUGAAGAUAACCAAGAAAACAUUUCCCCGACGACGUCAGCGAGACGGCUGAGCAACGUCAGCCUCGAAUGGGAAGAAGUUGGCAGUCCGCACAGCAUUGGAGAAAUUGAACGACGCCGCCUGCACAACGUGUUUUCCUUUGUCAAGGACGGGAAGGAGGAGCGGCACAAGCUUGGAGACUAUUUGUGGCUUGCGUUGAAGGCUUAUUUUGCCGGAAAAGAUGUUCGCGGCCGCUUUGACGCCGCCGUGAUCUACGAUCCGCAAAUUUGUAUGCUGCGCACCCAACGAAUCGAAGUCAUCCAAGAAAUUCUCAACUUCCGCCUCGAACACGAAUUCAGCGAAGAAACUGUGCUAACUCAAGAGUACCUGCAAGUCUACAUCAAGAAGCAAAUGGAGAUUGGCGAGUUGAUGGAGAAAUUCGCGCGGUUCGAGUCGUUGUUCCCGCAUCGGGCAGCAAUGAAGAAGCAGUGCGAACAGAGGGGAAUACUGGCCGAUCUUGUCGAAGUUGAGGGACGAUUGGAUGUGUUGAAUGCGUGGAUGAACACCACCGAGCAGUUGUGCGAUAAAGUGGAGCAGCUGGGUCAGAUGCUUUGUGUCAGUCAGAAUGCCCAAGGCAAAGAAGGCUGGCCGAGACCGCGCCACGGCACCGCUCCCUCAAACAUCGACAGCAUUUCCGCGAUCGUCAGCUCGUUUGUUGCUGAAAUGUUGAAAGUCAAGGGCAUGAAGCGUGUUCUUACGAAGGUGUCGACAAUGUGCGAAGAACUGCUCCUUCGCGCCACAGUUCUCCUGCAACAACCCGCCUCAUCCUACGCGCAAGCCGCUGCCGUGCGAAUUCAGAUGGUGCUCGAAUGGCUGCGUGCCAGAUCGGUCGUCUCGAUGCCAGAUGGAUCUGAGAUAGAUCCGCCCUCCUUAAAAACGUUUGUCGAAGAGGCGCGUGGUUGCAUCGAAGAGGCUGUCCGUCUGAAGAGGCACUAUCUCGACACAAUUGCAUAUACCUGUAAAAACGUUACCGAGGUGCUUGACCCGGAAUACGAUAAGCUAUUGGUCUCCGUGUUUCAGAAUUACCGGUGCUAUGUAUCGAAGCUAGCGGCUGCUUUUGCGCAGCCAAGUCAUUGCCUGUUUACACUGCUUGAACGACAGUGGUCAUCCGCCUGGUCAUGCGCUCCAUUCAUCGAUGGUGGAAUCAAAAAUAUCACCGAUUCGUUUUGCGAAAUAAUGUGCACGACGAUGAAGCGUGUUGUGGUGAAGUUUUGGGAGGCUGGCGUCUACCGCAUCACCCAGGGCAUCGACGACGGAUCGGUCGAGAGCAUUUCGGAUGGGGAAAGCGCCGGAAAUGAAAAGGAAAUACGCCGGCGGCGUCAACUCAACACGCUUGUGCGAGAAGCACAAGAACGAGCUGCUCGAACGUUUCAAGUCAUCAAAACGAUGACAAACAACCUGAUGACAGCCUCGUGUUUUGUCGUCACUCAAGAUAAUCGGGCGGUCGCCAAAUCGUUGCAGGACCAUGUUUUGCUAAAUAUUCUUGCGCCGGACCACUCUGAAAAUGCUUGGCCAAUCAGCCUGUUGUGCAAGCCGACGGACCAUGGAACCCUUCUCCACCUUUUGACCACGGUCUACCACGGAGGCGUCCCGGACUCGAACCAUUUGAUCGUUCUCCCAAUCCCCUACGAAAAUUUCACCGCCGAAUGGCAGGCUGAACGCGCGACUCUGACUGUCUGCCAAAAGAUUGCAGACAAUUUGAAGUUAUUCAGGACAGACCGUGUGGUUGUGAUCGGAACGAUGCUGGAUGCUCUACACAGAAGAAGCCCCACAAUCUACCGGCAUUGCAGCCAGAACUCGGCCCCCCACUCCCACAUUCACCAGCAGAUGAUCGAUUUUGCGAAUCAACUCGACUCGUUCUCACAAGACAUCGUCAGUAAGCUUUAUGAAGUGACCACGCACAAGGCGUUCUACGAUGCUGACAAUAAGCGCGCAGCCCAUUCCACGCUGCUCACCAUGUUCAACUUCGCUUUCCACUACUAUCGAGAAGUUGGGCGGAUCGUCUGGGAAGUGCACGAAUUGCGCAGCAGUUUUGCGAAACGAUGUGUGGUCCUCUUGGAAAAUUGGAAAAACCUGGUGCCAAGCCUGGAGACGCACUACUCGUCGAAUGUGCCGCUGUGGGCGAAAGUGGCCUUCAACUUCAUGCAACACAUCAGCGAACCCCAAUGGACACAGCAUAUGAACGAUGAUAUCUUUGUCCGACUGCGCUCGAUCCUCGAAUUCUGCAUGAACUCAUCGCAGCAGGUCGAGUGCCAAACGCCGGCCGCCCGUCGCGACACCAUCACCGAUAGUGGAUAUGUUUCGCCACGCGCCACACAACAAGCGCCAAAGGACAGGGCCGAAAUGCUGCGAGAUGCGGCUGACAAGACCGACCUAGACAUCGAGCAACGACGAAUCGAAAAGAAUAUCCUGCAGCUGGGCCGGGUGCUGAACUACCAUCAAGGAAAGAAUGCGGUGUCCAAUGUUUAUGAGAUCCAGAAGGCACCUUUUCAAUUCCAGCUGCUGGAAAAGAUUGGUGAAGGCAAUUUCGGGGAUGUGUACAAGGCGUUGAAUAUGGACAAGUGCUGCGUGAUAGCUGUGAAGAAGAUACGGGCUCGUGGGGCGGAGAGGCUAAAGAUCCUAAAAGGCGAAGUCGACAUCCUGCGCAACCUCUCCCAUCAAAACCUCGUCCGCUACUACGGCAUGGAGGUGCAGGGCGAUGAAGUAUUGCUACUGAUGGAAUACUGCGCCGAGGGAACCCUAGAGAAAAUCUGUCGCGAAGGAAUGGACAUGACCCUAGUUAGAAGAUACACAAACCAUCUACUUCAAGCCGUUCAAUACAUCCACGAAAAGCUCGUCAUCCAUCGCGACAUCAAGCCGGCAAACAUUUUCCUGGAUUUGUCGUGCGUUCUCAAGCUUGGCGACUUCGGGAGCUCUAUCCGCUUGAGUGCGAACGCCACAUUCGCCGGUGAAUUCAAGGAGAUGACCGGAACGCCUAGCUACAUGGCCCCGGAGACGUUCACCGGCGGUCAGGUGAUGAACCACGACGAGGACACGGGCACGAACACCUAUCGUGGAUACGGCCGAGCUGUGGACAUCUGGAGUGUGGGCUGUGUUGUGCUAGAAAUGGUAACCGGCGCUCGUCCCUGGGAUAAAUGUGAUAUGUACCAAAUUGCUCUCAACCUUGGAAACAAGAAGCGCCCGGCCUAUCCGGCAAAUUGCCUGCCGCUACUACGGCAUUUCCUCGAUUUGUGCCUCGAAUUCGAUGACAGGGCCCGCCCGUCGGCCACCAGAAUGCUUCAGGACCCGUUUGUGAAUAUUCAUACGGACCCCCAAGGCACAAUCGAGCGACACCUCUUCUCC